UGGAGCAGGAGAGUUUGUAGUCAGCCUGGUGUCAAUGUCCUGGGAGGCCUGUGUUUUCACACAGGCUAGGAACUAAAGUGGUGAUUAUAAAGCUCAGGCAAGGUGUGGUGAGACAGGGUGGUGUCUGGUCUUUGUCUCCCGGUGGGCGGAGUGACUGGAAGUGCUAGGAGGAGUCAAGCUCUGGAGCAGGAGCUACAGAGUGGAAGGGGUUAGUUCACAGGAUAAGAGAGCGCAGAGAGUUUCAUCAUGCUGGAACACACACACGCUGGUUGAAGUUCUCACCGGGAUUCACUCCACUCUCAGUGUUUGUUUUCAAAAGGAUUGUGACAUGGAUGGAUUAAGCAGGACCUUUGAUCAAGUCAGAUAAGUUUUGGAAACUCAGUGUGGGAAUACAAGUUCUUUCAAAGAUUCACGCUUCAAAUUUCUGGAUUGGAUGCCUUUGGGAUUAUCACUUAAUUUUCAUGGAUAUUCCUUUUUGUGGGCCACACAUGUAUUUUAGUUGAGCUGCACUGCAAAGUUGGAGUAAUAUGGGACAUUUUGUUGUUCAACUACACUCGAAAGACAGUCCAUGGCUUCUCUGUUUACUAUUUCUUCUGAUAAUUGCAGGUAAAGUUUCCCCCACCAACUAUGAUGCCCUGCUCAAUGCCCCUGCUGCUACUGCCACCUCCAGCCCCCCAGACCUCUAUCUUCCUGCCAGCUUCAAGCUCUCCAACACCCAACUGGCCUUCUUUCUUCAAGAGAGUCGAACUCCAGCCCGAAAUGCCCCUGGUGGCCAUCCCUUGCAUCGUUCUGAGAGUUUUGUGGUCUUUCAGACCAAGGAGUCACCCUCAGUCAACAUCUCUCUGGGUCCUUUCACCCAGGACCAGACUCUUUCCAAAGAUCUUUUACAGCCUUCAAGUCCCCUGGACAUCCCGGGUAGGCUGACAGUCAACUGGAAGGUGCGAGCGUUUAUCGUACAAUCAAAGGUCUUUUCAAGCAACCCAGUGGUCCAGGUGCUGUUUUACAUUGCAGGUAGAGAUUGGGACGACUUCAAGGUCCAGGACAAGCUGCCUUGUGUGAGGUUACACGCCUUCCGAGAUGUUCGGGAGAUCAAGACUUCUUGCAGGCUCCAGGGUAACUUGGCACAGUGCUUAGCCCAGCUGGACCUUCCUUCUACCUGGUUCAACGUCAAUGUGGCACCUUUGGGCCGCAGGAAGUCCUCAGUGGCAGACGUUCUUGAGAUGACUGGGGAAACUCUCCAGGCGGAGCUCUACUACACCCUCCAUGAUCCAGAUAGCAAAGGAGAGUGUGGUGAAAGUUACACCAGGCGAGGAGGAGGGUCCAGGGGGGAGAGCACAUCCCAGCAGCCACUACUUCGGAUUGGGAGCAUCAGUUUGUACCAGCCCAGUCAGGAGCAACUGGUAGUAGACAAGCAACUGGAUAAGAACCUCUUUUUGAGGCUACCUGACAAACCAUUAAAGCCUGGAGAGAUUCUCAACAUCUACCUGUAUUUGGUGCCAAACUCAACAGUGGAACAGUUCACUCUCAAGGUGAAAGCAAAGAAGGGGGUGAAUCUCCUCAGCACGAAUUCGAAGAGCAGCCAGUGGAAGGUGGACUCAGAGGUGCAGCCUGGAGCCAAGCACUCCAUCGCUACAGUAGAAGUCAGCAAAAUGAAAGGUGUUUCUGGCGAUGUAGCUGCCAACCUCGAAAUCAUGCAGCUGGAUUUUGAAAUGGAGAACUUCACCAGCCAGUCAGUGACGAGGAGAAUCAACUGGAACAUCGAUUACCGCGGAGAGAAUCCGCCUCCAGACUCAGACAAGGUGGUGACCGAGUUGACGGUGGUGCAGAAGGACAUUCAGGCCAUCAUACCACUGUCUAUGGACACAGAGAUCAUCAACACAGCCGUGCUGACUGGUCGGACCGUCGCCAUCCCAGUCAAAGUUGUCUCAAUAGAACUGAGUGGGACAGUCACCGACAUCUCCUCAUUCGUGGAGUGCAAGUCGUCCAAUGAGGACAUCGUCAAGGUGUCCAUGAACUGCGAUUACGUGUACGUGAAUGGUAAGGAGACGCGAGGCUCCAUGAAUGCUCGUGUGAUCUUCAGUUACGAGCACCUGAGCGCCCCUCUGGAGCUCACUGUGUGGGUGCCCAAGCUGCCGCUAAACCUCCAGCUCUCCGAUAACAGCCUUAGCUUUAUCAAGGGAUGGAGGGUCCCAAUCCUGCCUGACCGCAGGUCGGCUCGUGACAGUGAUGACGACGACGAGGAUGAGAAGAAGGUGAGCCGUGGCUGCACGCUGCAGUACCAACGAGCCCAGGUGAAAGUUCUCACCCAGUUCCACACUACCUCCAGCGAGGGCACCAACCAAGUGAUCACCAUGCUGGGGUCUGACUGGCAAGUGGAUGUUACUGACCUGGUGCAGGACUCACUCAAAGUUGUGGAUCCCCGUGUGGCUGAGUUAGUGGAUCACAUAGUAUUGGUGGCCCUGGAGCAAGGAUCCACCAUACUGAAGGUUGAAUCCCCAUUGGCGGUGGAUGCCAUGUUGGGCGAGGUGCCAUUCUCUGUCCUGGAUGAUAAAGUUUCCAUAAUGGAUCUACGUGUCCAUGCCAUUUCUGGACUCAGCCUGAGACUCCAACCCAGUCCAGGAAACAGUCACACCAUGGUGGCAAAGGCAACAGGGCAACAGACGCUUUCUGCUCUUAAACAGGAAGCUAGCCUUUCCAUUUGGGCUUACUUCAGUGACCACACGGCAGCCCCUCUAAGCAUAUAUGACCCCAAGGAUUACAACCUUAAUGCCUCCACGCUGGAUGACAAGGUGGCCUCCAUUUCCCAGGAGCCUCAACAAAGGUGGCCAGUCAUCGUUGCAGAGGGGGAGGGAUCCGGGGAGCUCGUACGUGUGGAAAUGACCAUAUGCGAAGCAUGCCAGAAGACUAAACGAAAGAGUGUUAUUGCAUCUUCUCGAGUUCAUGUAAAAGUGCGGUUUGGGUCUGACGAGGAUGAGGAUGAGGAAGAGGAUGUGGGGGAGCCUAAAGUGCCACUCAACACAAGGAGACCAAUCCUCGAGCCUGACAUUGGUGGUACUGGAUACGAGCCAUCCAAUGGGCAGCCUGCAAGUGUGCCAAUUGACUAUACCAACUUUCCCACUAUCAGUAACCAGGAUCGGCCAACUGUGGAGGAAGGGGAGGAAGACAAUGAGUUUACCCACUCGCCUCGUAGCAUGACUGACUUGGAGAUUGGCAUGUAUGCCCUCUUGGGUGUUUUCUGCCUGGCCAUUCUGGUCUUCUUGAUCAACUGCAUUGUGUUCGUCCUCAAAUACCGCCACAAGCGAAUCCCACCUGAAGGUCAAGCCAACAUGGACCACUCCCAUCAUUGGGUGUUCCUAGGAAACGGGCAGCCCUUACAAGCUCAGAGUGACCUUUCACCCCAGACAGCAGAAAGUCCAAGUAAUCCUUUGGAAGGGCCCCAGACUUGCUGCCAUGGAGAUCACCACAGCAGUGGCAGCUCCCAGACAAGUGUGCAAAGCCAAGUGCAUGGGCGAGGAGAUGGCAGUUCAGGUGGCUCCACCAAGGAGCCUGGUGAAGAUGCAAGUUCUCCCACGUCAAAACGCAAACGAGUCAAAUUCACCACCUUCACCACACUUCCUGCUGAUGAGCUGCCCUACAAUUCAAUCCCCAUUGCCGACGAUGAUGAUAUCCAGUGGGUGUGUCAAGACAUGGGGUUCCAGGACCCUGAAGAACUACACGACUACAUGCGCAGGAUAAAAGAAAUAGCCUAAUGUUUGCUUUGGGAUUUCUUAAACAAACAAAACAAAACAAAACAGUUCCUUUCUAAUCUUCUCUUUUUUUCCCCUCCCUCACUCUUAAGAAUUUCUCUUUUCACACGAAUGGAGAAUGUGACUAAAGACCUGUCCUGUUUCUCCGGGGUGAUAUUUUGCACAGUGCUCUUGCUCUUUUAAAACGUUCACACAUUUUUGGACCUGUUGCUUAAAACAGUGGAUGGAAAGCCAAAUACAAGACUAGGUGAUCUUUUAAUCGCUAGCACAAAUGGCUUCAGAGUGCAUGUCAUCCUUUCUCAGGCGAAGAGGACAUACCAUCUCAAAUGGAACGCAGGAGUUUUGAGCUGUGAGCAGUGGUGUCAAAAUGGAUUCUUCAAGUGCUUCAUCACUCUGGUUGGGAGAAGGUAUGGGUCACCCUGCUGUGGACAGGCUAUUUCUCAGAGGAAUCCUGCACUGUGUCCGUGGCUUUGUUUGUUUGUUUGUUUGUUUGUUUGUUUGUUUGUUUGUUUGUUUGUUUGCUUUUGGCUCGCUUUUUCAACCAUCCAAGUAUUCUUCUCCAACAAAGAGGCCUUUGUAGUGCAGAUUUCCAUUUUACUCAGAGGAAGGUGUUUGGGAGGGGUCGUCCUUGCGCCAUCAUUGGCAAGCUAACAUUCGGUAAAUAUCAAAGACAGUACAGCAUUUUGGCUAGUAUUGACAUUGUCUCUCUUUUCCAUUUUUCCAACAUCGUUGCAUCACGUUAUUUUUUUAUUUUUAUGACUGUUAUUAAGUUUCACGUGUCUAGCAUUUUCUACCCCAUACUACAUUCAUUUGGCAUGACAUCUCUGGUUCACUCAUUCACCUGGUAAUGUCAGAUGCCUUAUUAAAUCAAUUUUAAUCACCACAACCUUUCUGUAGACCCCAAGUUUGUUUAUAUCCCAGAGGGUCAAUGCAAAAAUGACUACUGCAUAAUUGAAAUUGUUAUUGGAUAUUAGCAGAGGCGAAGGGAGCCGCUUUGUAUGUUAUGACAUUAAAAUAUCUUCAUAUCUCCAGCAUUCAUAUGCAUGAACGGAGAGUUUGAAACACAGCCAGCUGUUAUUUCCCCCCUCCCCUCCCCCCAAGAUUUGUAAAUGUAUGUCUUGUGAUAAUUAUCUAAUCAUACAUGCAUAAAGAACAGUAGAGGACAUAUAAUGUUGCGACAUGCUUUACAUGCAUGCAGUUCCAGACACUUUGCCUUUUGUGUACAUACCAUAUUAUUGUCUACUGACGCUCAUCAUUUAUUCAUUCUGUUCAUUUGAUACAGAGGUGCUGACAGCUACACUUUAGCCUUUGCAUUUACUUAAAAUUUGUCUGCUGGAUGAACAAAUUCACUGAAGGGGAAAGGACGUGGACACAAAACAGGCAAUUUCACUUGAAUGACAAUUUUAUCUAUGUGGACUUUAACGUGCGAGUUUGCAAGCCUCGGGUUUGGGUGGACGGGGUUGUGGGCUCUGUUAGCUAGGAGCCGUCUCAAAUGACCACAUUGUGAUUUUUUUUUUCCCCUCUAUUUUCCUCUCACCUUGCUAGUAUUUUCCUGUUAGCAAUGUUGGCACCUCUGUAGCUGUUGAAUGUAUCAGUCAUUUCAAUCUGUUUUUUUUUUAGGUACCAUUGUAGGUCAUUCUAUUCCCAGGGAAACAUGAAAAUGAAUGCUAAUUAAAACGAAAGAAAGCUGCUUGAGCACAUGUAGGAUGCGUGAAAAAUUGCGAUGUUAAUUGUGAUUCUGAAUCAGUUUUUUUUUUCCAAAACUGUACUCUUAUUUAUACCAGUUGUUUGUUCAUAUCGGUUAUUUUUAACGAUUAAACUAAUACUGGAAGUAAUGCAUUAUUAUGUUUGCAUUUUUUACAGGAAAUGCCAGUUGCUGGUAAAGAUGCAAAAUUAUGUCAUUUUUUUAUGCAAGAUUUAUGUCUUAUUUUAUUUCUUUAGUUAUUUACACGUUUUUCUCACAGAACUUUUUCAUACACUGAUUAUAUAGAAGAUACAAUAGGGUUUUUUUUAGCGCACAUUAAAGUCAGUGUGUGUGUGUGUGUGUGUGUGUACAUUGUAACUGCUGUUUAUUAGUGUAGAAAUGUUUUUGUUCGAGUUUAGUAGGUUGGGAAAUGACUGUUCUAGGUAUGAUUUGGGGACGUUUCGGGCCUUUCAACACAUUCUCCAUUGUGUGUACCUUGUGUGUGUCUCAUGUACACCCGUUAAUAACUGUAACAUGACGAAAUGCAUUUGUGUCAUUUUGUUUAUUUGUUGGAUUUAUACUGUCUUGACAAAGAGUGACCUUUUGCACUCAAUCUCAGAAUCACAAAGGACCUAAUACUCACCCCUGCAGCACCUCCUUAACUACAUUUACAGCAACCCCAGUCUUUUUAAUUCAACAUUUAUAUUAAAAUUAUGUACUGAAGCUCAUGGAAUUUAUUUAAGUUAUGGAAAUGAAACAGGAAACAUGUCAACCUGUGUGUGUAUAUAUAUAUUUUUUAUAUAUAUAUAUAUAUUUUUUCCUCCCUAAUAACACUGUUCUUCAGUUUCAAGGUUUUACCCAUUAAAUCGAGCCUGAACUUGAAUUUGCUUUCCAACCCAAAGCAGUUCAUACAUAUAUCCAUAGUGGCUCAGGAUGAAUGUAAAAUCAAAAAGGAGCAACAUGUCCAGUUGUAUUACUAAGGUCAACCAAUAGGGCACUAAUGCUUAAUGAAAGUCCCGGCAAGUUUCUAGUAGCAGCUCACACACACUUUUUUUCCCCCCUUGUUUUUUCCUUUCAUUAAUUUCAAUGUCACGAGAGAAUGUUAGCAACAUUUUGCAUUUCAUAUUCUUUCCUUCAUGUAACCAGAUGUGCAAAUACGGUAGUUUGCUGUUUUGAAUCCAGUGUCUGUUUUAAAAGGAGGUGCUACUAGCUCUUUGCCAUGACCUUAUCAUCCGAUGUGGAUUUGUACGUUGAGCUCGACUCUAUGGGAACCUGCUAAAGCACGGAAAUGGCAGUGCUGCGCUGCCUCGCCUCACUCUUAAUGUACAGAGCACUGUUACAACUUCCUGUAUUUUCCUGGACUUAAAAAAAAAAACAAACCUUGUAUUCCCCACUUAUAUGUAAGUACUUAUGAAAAUACAAUACAGAAAUCUUG